AUGGAGGGCGCAGACACGGUAGAUGUGAGCUGGUUGCAUCAUUCUCAGAAAGAUAAUCUCGUCCGGACCAAAUCUGCCCCCUCCAAAAUCAGCCAUGAACCACCUGCCGCUGCCCCAGACUGCCCGAUACCCGAAGGAAAGCCAAAGCCCCCUCAGAAACCUGACAAAAGGGACCGCGCAGCUUCCACUACGGCCUCACAGACUGUAGCUGCACCUGGUCGUCAGACUGCGAAGGCAAAGAAAGAUGCUUCAGUGUCAGAUGAAGUCAAACACACUCCUUCUCAGCCCUCCCCAUCGAUUUCGCCGUCCACCAAAUCUCCAAGCCCCAAACCUGGACCCUCUAGCAGAAGAAACUCCUGGAUCUCCAACUUGAGCUCCAAGUUUAGCUCAGGUUCGACACCUCCCUCCCCUGGUCCAGCAAAGGAGUCGGCCAGCACCGCAAAGGCACAGCCACAAGCUCCUCGCACCGAGCUUUUGAACCCGUUUGGUGCCGCAUUUUCUCCAAAAGAUAGCGAAAAGGACGGCCAUUCAGGCGCAUUUGGCUCCCACUCGCCUAAGAAUUCGUCUUUCCUUCACGCUGCGUUUCGAAAAUUGGCAUCGGGCGGUGGAGGAUUGGGCCGCACAGCACCCCAUGGAGGAGGCAUCUGUCAACGCCGUGUUAUGAAUGUAGAUCACAGUCGGGACAGGUGCCAAAUUCCAGAGCUGAACCAGGCAAAGCUUCGUCGCGUUGCGUUCUGUGUGGACGUUGAGAUUGCCGGAGUAUCGCGUCGGUCUUCUGAUGAUGAUGACGCGAAGUCAAAUAAAGGCGAACCGAACAAUAUCGAGAAAAACAAGGCUAGGGAAAACCAGGAUCUCAAGGCAGCCGAAAGAUCGGAGGCUGCUUCUCUCAAAGCCGCGAAUCAUGCUCCGUCAUCCCCAUCCUUGACGGGAAUCGCCGACAAUGCGCCACCUCAGGAUUCGCCGACGAUAAAUGGAAAUAAACCCCCAGCCAAAGAAACGACGCGAAAACAAGAAAAGAAAAAGAAAUCUGAGGAAGAACGAAAAGAGCGAAAGGAACGGAGACGGAGAUUGGCUGAAGAGAAUGGCAGUGUUCCUCUCCGUCUGGACCUUGACGACUCGAGCCAGUCACCCUCACCUCACCGUUUUCAACGAGGCCAGGAUCAGCCAACAACAGACCCCGUAAGGAUAUAUCGAAGAUGUUGUCAGUUACGAGAAACCGGUAUACUCAAGAAGCUUGUUGAACAAAUAUCAUCGCCGUCCUCAGCACUUGCAGAGUCUCCAGGCACCGUCGGUGUCCUCGACCUUACUGGGUUCACAAUGUCUUUCCAAGACAUCGUAACCUUUAGUGAUUGGCUUGCAAUCGUUCCCGUUCGGAAACUAAUAUUACAAAACUGCGGGUUAAGUGACGAAGGCGUUCGUGUUAUUCUCGCUGGCUUGCUCUCUACAAAGUCUGUUGAAGCCGCCAGAUUGGCAAGGAACUCCAGAAGAAAGGGUGUGAACAAACUUGGGAAAGCAGAAAGAUAUGGUGCCAUUGAAAAAUUAUCACUGAAAGAUAAUCCAAAAAUCGGACCGGAAGGCUGGCGAUACAUCAGCCUUUUUAUCCACAUGUCGCGUUCUCUCAAGGCUAUCGAUCUCUCAGGAAUAUCAUUUCCUUCACCCCCUCCACCAACAAACAGUCCAUCAUCUAUGGUAAAAUCUGCCAGCCCAGCUGCGAAUGUCACGACCUUGUUUUCCAAUGCUCUGGCAAAACGACUUGCAGGAAGCCGCCUAGAAGAAUUGGUUCUGAGUGAAUGUAACCCCUCUACUGAAGACGUCGAGAAGAUUUGCACUGCGGCACAGUUGAUCAAAUUACGGAGAUUUGGCCUUGCAAACAACAACCUAACCAGAGAAGGCCUUGAACACGUCAUGCAGUACUUCAACGCAGGUGUCUGUGAAGGCCUAGACCUGGGCGGUAAUGACUUGAACGAACACAUAGACCUACUCAUCUCAGCUUUUCAGAAAACAUCUCCCCUCACCGCUCUUAGUCUGGCGGAUUGUGCGCUUGUCCCUAAAUCACUUUGUGACUUGUUCCAGGCCCUGAUAGGGCUGCCCAAUUUCCGAUUCAUUGACCUUUCUCAUAACCCCAGCCUCUUUACCGUUCAGCCCGAUUCUCUUAGCAUUUUACGCCGCUAUCUACCAAAAUUUCCAGAGUUGAGACGGGUGCACCUUGCGGAUGUCGAACUUACUUCUGAAAAGGCUAUUGCUUUGGCUGAAAUUUUACCGGAUUGCCCAAAACUUUGUCACAUCAGUAUUCUUGAGAACACGGCCAUUCAGACCCUGGCUGCAGCUAAGGAUGCAGCUACUCAAGAAGAAGCCUGUGCGCUCUAUGCUUCGUUUAUGGCCGCCGUUCGAGUGUCGAAGACUCUCAUUGCAGUGGAUAUCGACGUGCCCACCGUUGAUAAUAACGAAAUAGUCAAAGCUCUAGCAUCGCAAAUAGUUGCAUAUUCCCUCCGCAACCUUGAACGAGGAGAGCUUGCCGAGCAACUGUCAAGCCCAGCGGAUGGCCAAACUUCUGAGAAAGACAUUGUUCCUAUUCCCGAUAUUCUCGCCCAUCUUGUCGGCCCCGCAGAUGACGAUGAAAGCAUUGCCGUUGAUGACGGAACGCUAGCACCAGAUGAAGACUAUGUGAUCGGAGGUACUGGUGUCGUUAAAGCACUGGGGGUCUGCCUAGGCAACAGAGAUUACGGUGGGACUGAUACUGCAGGCGACCAAUCACCUAUACAUAGCGGCACGUCCACUCCGCUCAGACGAGUUAGUCACGUCCCGGUAAAUAGAAAGUCACGGGAUAUGUCCAAGAACUUGCUCAAUGCAGCGAGAAGGAUACGCGUGCGACUACAGCCAGCUCUUGUUCGUGAGGACAAGGCUGGCAAUGAUGUUAAUUAUCGACGAUUGCAAUUCCUGGACAUCACAUUACAAAGGAUGAUCCAGCGAUUCGAGGAUGAAUUUCCCGAUACUCGUCUUCCUGCCGAACCCGACUCUACCAUGGAUGCUAAUUCGGCUAUGGAGUGCUCCAAUCCCUCUAUCGACCAAGACAAGAGCUCCGACGUUGACGAACAUGCGGACAGAGGCCUGAGCUCAGAGAACGGCCGUUUAGAGGAUGACGAGGUUGACAGAUAUGCUGUUCGCUUAUCGCGGACAAGUUCGAAUACGUCACUUCACUCUCGUGCUCUGACUUCAGAGGAAGGCCGAGUCCUUCGGCUCGGGCAGCGACUUGGCCACGAUAUUUUCCAGUCAGAACUUGAUAACGGCGAUGGGGGUGUUUCACAAUCCCCGCCUAAUAUCGCCGAGUUACGGAGGAAACUCGAACGGCUUCGCAGCAGCGAAUCCGAUUCAGAGUUACACAGUGGAGAAUACCAAGAUGCCUUGGAGACCAACGAAAUUCUGGAACAGAUGGGCACUUCCAGCCUUGAAGAUCUAGUGGAAUUGCAGAAGCAUGACCCCGAAGCCCUGGCAGAGUUUAAGGAUAGCCAAAUUGUUGCAUUGAUUAAUGCUGGCCUCAGAAGCCCUAGGUAA